GCAUGCGCAGUUGCCCCGGCUUGGCGGUUGCUCAGAUCGCCUCAGCUCCGCGCCCGCGCUGGGUGUGUGAGGCGGCGGGAGGAAGGCCAAGGGCGAACAUGGCGGACGGCAGUGGAGCCGCGGGGUCGUCGUCGCUGAAGGGGCUUCGGGAGCAGAUGGUUGCUGCAGCUCAGGCAUUAGCAGAAGAAAGAAGAAUCCAAAGCGGUGGUAGUCCUGUCCCAAUCCAGUCUCCAGUUAAUGUAAAAGCAUUAACUAAGCCAGUGAUAGAUGGCUCCAUGUUGAAAUCAGAAGAGAGGCAAAGACUAGCCAGAGAACGCAGAGAAGAGCGAGAGAAACAAUAUGCUGCCAAAGAAUCCCAAAUACUGGAGAAGGAGAAAAAGGCAAGGCUCCAAUAUGAAAAGCAAAUGGAGGAGAAGCAGAAAAGGCUGAAGGAGCAGAAGUUAAAAGAGCAGCAAAGAAGAGCAGCAGUAGAGGAGAAGAGGAAACAAAAGAUCGAGGAGGAGAAGGAACGUUACGAGGCUGUGGUGCACCGUACCUUGGAGCGAAGCCAGCGCCUGGAGACCAGGCAGAAGAGGUGGUCCUGGGGCGGUUCUGUAACAGAUUCAGAUGGAAGGACGGAUCCUCCAACUACAGCUGAAGCCAACAAACGCUCUACUUCCGCAGCAAACCUCAAGCAAGCUGACCCCGUCAUCAAUAAGCGCCUUUCCACUUCGGCCGCACUCCUUAAUUCUGCCAGCAAAGGCUCAACUAAACGAAGUUCUUCAUUAAACAGAUUGAAUAACAAAGUUCCUCCGAAUUCUGAGCAGCCAAUGUCCAAAGGGUUGCAGGUGGAGCAAAAAGGAGACGCGGAAAAGAAGAGGAGUUCCUCCCUGAGUAGAAUGAGCAGUAAACCUCAGUCUUCUCCUGAAUUAGAAAAUGUGCAAAAGGAAGACAAAACAGCUCGCCGUUCCCAGUUCAGCCCGCUGGAGAGUAACGUGAUCAACCGCCUGCUCGCCCCCACCCAGGCCUCCUUAGCUAGGAGCAAAAGUGCUGCCGCUUUAUCGGCUGAUGGCAAAGAUCCCUCAGAAUCUCCCCUCUGUCCUCGUUCAGCUUCCAACAGCUCCCUCGGCUCCCCUGUCCACGUCUCCAAAGUGCCUCUCCGCAGCCGCAGCAUCGACCGCUUGAAGGUGGCCGCCUCGUCCUCAGAAAACCUUUCUCCAGAAUCUGCACAGAAGCCGGAGGCAGCAAAGCCGUCCACGUCUUCCAUCGGGCGGCGUGCUCCUUCGCCCUCCCUGCCUGGUUCCAGACGGUCCCCUUCUCCCGCGAAUGUGGGCAAACGCCCUCCGUCCCCAGCUUCAACAAGCAGACAAAAGCCUCAUCCAAGCUCACCGAAUGUCUUAAGGCAACAGGCGCCUUCUCCUGUCCCGGUCCCCAAACCUGCCCCGAUACAGCGCCCAUCGCUCACCCCGAAUGUGCUGAACAUUACCAAAAAGAGAGCAGACCUGGAGCCCAAAGCAAAGGAGCGAGUGGUGGACACAGCGGGGCAAGAACAGAGCCACUUACCGCAUGCCUCGGAGAAGGAAAGCCCUGCCACAGCUCCAAAGACCAAAGAAGAUACUAGCAGCAAAAAUGCUCCAGGGACCACAACGGCCGAAGAAGCAGCGAGGAUCUUGGCGGAAAAACGCCGCCUGGCAAGGGAGCAACGGGAGCGCGAAGACCAGGAAAGAGUCCAGAGAGAAGAGGAGGAAAGGGUCAGAAAAGAAGAAAUGGUCAAGAAGGCGCUUGAGGAGCAGGUCCAAGCGGAAGAAGCGCUCAGAGAACUGGAAGCCAUGAGGCAAGUGGAAGAGGAAGAACAACAAAGGCUGGCUGAGAAGGAACGGCUUCAGAGGGAGCAGGAAGAGCAGGAAAAGCAGGCCGAACUUCAGCUACAGCGAGAAGAAGCCGAAGCAAAGGCCCUGGAAGAGGCUGAAAAGCAGCGUCAAGAGCGGGAGCGAAUCAUGCAGCAGAAUAUGCAGGAGAGAAUGGAGAGGAAAAAGAGAAUUGAAGAGAUCAUGAAGAGAACUCGGAAGGCAGAGCAGAACGAAGCCAAGAAUGAAGAUAAAUCAAAUGAGGAGGAUGAAUAUGCUGAAGAAGAGGAAGAGCUGGGCCUUGAAAAGCAAGAUCAACCUGAGAAGGCAAAGUAUGACUCCUCUUCCCUUGAAGAUGGUCCAGAGAUGGAGCACAGUUUUGCUUCCUUCCAAGACGAAUCCAAAAUGGAGGCAGAUGAUGUCUUUGUCAAUGGGGACCGGCUGGAGGAAGUCGAUCGGAGGAAUGAAGAUGGGAGUUCCUUGUAUUUCCCUCCGACAAUAGAAGCCAGCCUUCCAGCAAAAGACGUAGUUAUUGGGAACUCGGGGAUCUUGGGUAUCAAUGAAGCCGACCAUUCAGUAGGAUUCCUUUCUAACCUGAAUGGGAAACCUUCGGCGUGGAGUUUUGAGGAGAUCAUCGAUCUCGACCUGCACCCCAAGACAACCAGGCUCAGUUCAGAGAGCCUCGCUGCUGAGAUGGCCUCUCAGAACUGUAAGGACGCUGCGGCGACUGCGGUGCCUGCCAGCCCCAGACUGGCCUUUGAGGAGGAAAGUGCCACGAAUCCCUUGACCAAACCCAUAGAGGCGGCAUCAGGUAAUAUACACUGACCGGGGGGCUCGCCGCCUGCCUGCCUGCCUUCUUUCCUCGGUUCAGUCCAGAAACCAAAUCUCCACUUAGUUUGAACUUGGCAGGCUUUGUUUUUGUAAAGAACAAGGUUCUCCAAAAGAGUUGAAUGCAGGGAAGGAUGCUCCGAAUCGGGUGGGAAAUAGGGAGUCAGUCCCUUCCCAUUCUCUGCUGCAACUCAAGCAAUAUGUGUUGUCCCUUGUUCUCCCCUCCCCUAGCGAAUUAACUCUAUGGUUAGGAUGUUUGGCUCAGGGGCCUUCCUUCCUUCCUUCCUGGUGGAAUGUCACCCGUCACCCCAGUCCUUGGCUAAACUGCCCUCUCUUUUCUCACUCUGGGAAAGAGAACAUUUUGAUCCAUGUAUUGUUUGAGAAUAACCUGGCUUGCUGCACAAAACGAAACCCGAUUUGUGUGUGCCUCUUUGGUGCUGAGCCCUGAAAUGUCAGUUUCAUCCUUAGCGGGGUGUGCUAAUGCUUAGCAGGAGGGUCCUAUAACAGAGUUAUCCCUUGCUUUUGAACAGAACUGUGAACACUAGAACCCUGGAAGGCUCCUGACCAGCACUUCGGGACAUUCAGGGUUUCCACAAGUCAUGAAGGCCUUGUUUUUGAGCUGCUUGUGGGCCUGUUUUUGGUCCAUGUUUCGAGCAAAUAAAGAUAAACUCUGUCCCCCAUCAGAGCUUUGCACUUUGAGACCUUUUCAGGAAAACACUUGCUGUUGCUCUGUGACAUGAAUCCGUUUAACCAGGUUUCCUUUUUAAAAAAAUAACACUUUCUAAUGAAAUGUUCGUUAAAAUUGCCAGUGCCUCUUUAAUUGUUCCGGUUGGGGUGAAAUACAAGACUUCUCCUAGAGUGUUUGUCAUAAGCAAGACAGAAUGAUGCGAUUCUAAUGCACAUUAAAAACCAAAACCAAUGUUUUGUCAUGUGUUACUAGCAUAUUAGCCUCAUCACUGCAGGAGGCAGUUUUUACAGAGAGAUCUGGAUGGAAAUAGUGGAGAAUGCUCCACUUCGCUCCAGGUUAGGUGACAGGUAUAUUUGUUUUUCUGGUCAGAUUGUCUGUAGCAUAAACUUGAUAGAAUAUUCUCUAACAAACCUUGAAAGGAUUUGCUCUGACAAGUUGGAAAAGCCAGAACUCACACCUCACUUGAGUUCCUUUUGACCAUGGCCCUGUGGUUGGCACCAUUGUGACCUCCUCCUGGUGCACCAUGGGCCCUGCAACACAAAUGUUUAUUAGUCUUGUCAAUGUGGAUAUACAAUAGGAGCUUCUUACACAAAUUGUACAGGCAGAGGUUUGGCACAGGCAAGACCCCCAACUCAAUUAUUCUCCAAGCUAUAUAGCAUUUCCUUAAGUAUUUGGGAGACCAGCGGGCUGAGAAAGCCUCUUCUAUAUUUAUCUUGAACUCACCUAAGCCUUUUCAACAGAUGGUCUUUAAACUACUUAAUUUUUUAAAAAUGAAUCCAAAUAUGCGCUGAGCAAACGGGGCACCUUGGGGUUGGUGGUUGGCCUCUCUGUGCCAUUUGCUUGUUCAUCUCCCACACAUUUUGCCCGAUCCAUUUGAAUUAAUGUGGUUUUCAUUGGUUUUGUUUGAACCCCUUCUUUUGAGAAAGACACAUACACACAUGACAUGUAUUUAAGUUGCUCUUUCACGCCUUGUAAGUAUUAUUUGUGUGCGUAUGUGUACAUAAAACCAGUAUUAGACCCUUGCUGUUGUGUUUUUUGUUCCGUUCUGUUUUGUCCCUGUUGGUUGUGUCUUUGGGUGCGCUUUCUCUCGGCCUUCAUGGCCGUUGUUGAGCAACCUGCGUAGCCUUAACUCCCUCUGACUUGAUAUCACAUGAAGGAAUGGGCUCUGGAAUGAAGCGUUGUGUUGGUCCUCAGGCCCCAAACAGUUUGGCGUCCCUUUUCAAAGAGCUCUUUUUUCAAUGGUUGGCAGCGGCCACAUGAGCGCUAAGCUGCCUCCCUCUUUUCUACUUUCUAGUGCAGACGCUUGCACUGGAACCAUGUUCCUAUUCCCAAGUCAUUUAGAAGAAUCAACAGGCCCUUUCCCCUUGUUGUUGUGGUUGUUGUCCUCCACCCUUCCCUUUGUAUGCUUUGCUGUUUCCAAAUGUUUUAGGACGUUUAGAGCAGUGCCUUAGGUUUUGACAAAACAGGGGUAUUUUUGUAUGAUAGCUUUUUCGUUCUGCCAGAGACAAUCAUUCUAACAAGCAUGAUGCUCCAAAUAUUAGUUCUGUUUUGUUUUGUUUUCCUGUGCAAAACUGAUGCCUGUUUGAUGCUUGGUUACAGCCUGUAUGUAAAUACAUGAUGCACUGUUAAAUAAACUUUGCAACUGAAAA